GCCGGUCAUCGUACAUCUGGGAGCACGGGGAGGCCUGGCGGAGGAAGGGAAGGGAAGGCGCCACACGUUCAACAAGAGGCCGUCAUCAUGGUGGUCUCGGACGCCGGGAACUGGUGCCUCAUCGAGAGUGACCCGGGCGUCUUCACCGACCUAAUACUGAAGUUUGGUGUGAAAGGUGUUCAGGUGGAGGAGAUAUGGAGUUUAGAUGAAGAUUCUUUUUCCACAUUGAAACCUGUCCAUGGCCUCAUCUUCCUGUUCAAGUGGCAGCAGGAAGAGCAGCCGUCAGGGUCUGUUGUACAGGACAACAGACUUGACAAAAUUUUUUUUGCCAAGCAGAUGAUAAACAAUGCCUGUGCAACGCAGGCCAUCCUGUCUGUGUUAUUGAACACCAAACACUCAGAUAUCCAGCUGGGCAGCACCCUGAGUGAGUUCAGAGAGUUUACACAGACCUUUGAUGCUCACAUGAAGGGCUUGGCACUCUCCAACUCGGACACAAUACGCAAUGUUCACAAUUCAUUUGCAAGGCAAACUUUAUUUGAGUUUGACAAACAACAGCCAUCGGAGGAUGAGGAUGUGUUCCACUUCGUCGGGUACAUCCCAAUCGAAGGUCGUCUAUAUGAGCUGGAUGGCCUCAAAGAUGGGCCCAUCGACCUUGGACCUAUCGCACCUGGCACAGACUGGCUCUCGGUGGUCCAGCCUGUCAUCCAGCGCAGGAUUCAGAAAUACAGCGAGGGUGAAAUUCAUUUUAAUCUCAUGGCAAUUGUGAGUGAUCGUAAGAUGGUUAUGGAGAAGAAGAUUUCCCAGCUUCAGAAGGAAAUUGAAGAAAGUGGAAUGGAUUCAUCUAGUCAAGAAGAAGAGUUAACCCAGUUACGUGCAGCCCUGGAAACUGAAGAGAACAAGAGAGCUCGCUGGCGAAUUGAGAAUAUUCGCAGGAAGCAUAAUUAUUUACCUCUCAUUGUAAAUAUGAUGAAGAUACUAGCAGAAGAAGGCAAGUUGCUGCCAAUCUACCACACAGCACGAGAGAAGGCCAAGGCACGUCAUGAAAAAGCCAAGGAGAAGAAUAAAGAGAAGAGUGGAGUAUGACAAGUGGCAAAUGAGGCAGCAACAGAGGACCAUGAGAUACCUUAAGGCAAGGAAAAAUAAUACAGUGGUGAUAAAGUGAGGGAGUGUCAAGCUCCAAAUCAACACUCACUUCAUUGAAAAUAUCCAAUGCUUGUUAAAUAAACUUUUUAAGAUUUUAAAGUUAUUUAAUUUAAAACUAAAAUAUUUUAUGUGAAUAUUAAAUUCAACAUGAGCAUAUAAAUCAAUAUUUAUGAGAGAAAGUUCAUUCCCUCAACCGAUAUUAUUAAUUAAUGACGAGUGCUACUUGACAAGCAUUAUCUUACAUUCUUUUUAACUACUUAUGCUCCUAAUUAUAGACAUUAAGCAUACAGUAUUUUUAUGUAUGUUCAAUAUUUAUCUUUUAGACUAUCGAUUGCUGGAGAGCAGAAUUGUAAUUUCCAUUAAAACCUGAUAAUAGUUAUUUUUUUAAAACCUACAACAACCAGCUUACUGUUGUUUAAAAUCUGUGGAAGAUUUGCAUAUAUUAGUAGUUAUUUUAUCACUUUCAACAGUGAAUGGAUACCUCACCUCGCCCACCAUUAUUUGAGGCUCUCCUAUGUUUUAGUCCUUUACAAAAUGACAAUUAUGGUAGGCUCUUGCCAAUGAUGUCUAAAUGGUGUCUGAAAAAUACUGUCCUUAACCCCUAAAGGACCAGAGGCGGCUAUAGCCGCUUUAUCAGGGAAGGGCCGGAGGCUGUUAUUACUGGCAUGCUCACCCCAAAAGUCUAUUCUACUCAACUCGCUGUUUCUCUGUAACCACGGCACAUAGAGACUUCUGGAUGGUGUCUUUAGAAAGAUGAAGACUUGGUGGUUAGUACCAAAACUAUCUUAUUCACUCGUGAAAUGUAGGUUAAGCAUAGAGAAUGUGUGAAUACAGGCAAUUUCCGGGUUUAGCACAGGAAGGCUGGUCCCAGAGGUACCGAAAAUACAGCCACCCCCAGACCUUUAGGGGUUAAUUAAAAGUACUUUCACCCAAUUUCUCAUUUGAAGUCCUCCCAUCACUAUUUUUGUAUCUGAAACAAUAAUAACUAGUAUUAAAUCGACAUGAGUAAUUUAAAAUUCACCUCAAAGGUGUUUUGUGUGAUGAUUGUUCCAAGACUUGCAAAUGUGCGACUAGAGCAAACCAACCUUUACAACCAUUGGUUAUAUAGAAGAAAAUAUCACAACAGCACACAUGCCAGCUAAGUAGUCUAAGCCUUUGUGAUGUCACAGCAUGACUUGUAGUAAAUAAUAUUAAUUUACCCAAAGUGUGCCAGGCCACCCUCUGCUCAGCUGAAGGCCUUGGCUCAGCCCUGCAAUCCAUACCUUCCUUUAGUCACUUACAGCAGAUCUCAGCAGUGGACAAGCCACCAAACACUCAUGGGAAUGCAUGUCCCCCUUUCUCUAUGCUGUGAAUACUGUUUCUUGACUCACACUGUCUUCUGAGGAGUUAAGGAGCAAAAUUCAAAGACAUACAAGUUAGUGAGUUGAUGGUAAACUGAAAUGUGCCAGGCAUUAUGGUGCUAUGGAGGUGAAUGGUAAGGCAAAAAGUUGAUGUAUGGAAAAGACACAGUAAUAUAUGGAAUCUUGAUACAAUACUGGGGUGAGGAAAGCUAUAAGUUAUAAUCAGAUAAUCAAAGCAGAUAUCGAAGAAAGGGAACAUUGCAUUCUCAGGAGGGAUGAUUCUGCUAUCUUUACUGUAAGAGAAAAAAUUAAAAAGACAAAUAGUACAACAAUAAUGUCCCAAACAAACAUUCUUACGUCAAAUUGACUACUAUACUAAUGCCCCCCAUAAAAAAAAGUUUAAUAUACUCAAUGAAAUAUCUUCUAACAAAGGUUAAAGAAAAAUUUUCAGUUGUGUAAUAUUUUGAUAAUAGAAUGCUGCCACAAUGCACUCAUUCCAGAGUUGUGAUCUAUCUAUAAAAUCAUGUACACUUCCUCACACUGGAAACACAGCACCUUCAUCCUCACCUGCCUGAAGGGAAAGGGAGCAGAGGCUUGUACGACCACUUGCACACUCUUCAGUGUAUGAACUGAGUUGAGGAAGCGUCUACUGCCCCUGCUUUUCCACCACUACAGAAACCUUAUUUUCAAUAUUUAUGCAGUUUACUAUGCAAGUUGUGACCUCAGAACACAUUUCAAACAACAAGCUGAGUAAGACUUAACAAGACAAUUUUUUAGUAUUGUAAGAAAUAAAAGUCCUCUUAAUAAAGGUAAUACUGGAGUUCAACUAUAUGCCUCAAUUUUUAUCAAUUUGUAAUUCAAACUUACACAUCACAACUAUAUUUAUGCUAAAGAAACAAAGUUUCCAUCUGACCACUAAAUGUUUUGGUUGAUAGCACAGAUGUAGGAUAGGCCCUCUCUCCACCUUUGCCAGCCUCAAAUGACCAUCAACUGUAACUGAUACAGCAAAAUUAACUCAUCAAAUUGAAGGGCUUCCACCUUAGUAAUAUGAUUCAGCAUCAUUAAAAAAUAAGUUUUAUGAAGCUCUGAGUGAGGUAUUAAUAGCAAUAGAAAGGAAAUGGAUAACCAGGAGUAAAAGAGAAAGUGGAAGGGGAAGUGUUCAUUUCACAAAAAGGAAUUUAAUAUACAAAGAGACAUGAGGCCUUUUGUUGCAGCCACCCUCUCAAGGGGAGUCCCCAGAUGUCAUUGUAAAAAAAAAAAAAAUAAAUAAAUAAAA